AUGUUAGAAGCAGAAAGCAAAUGCAAUCCUGGUAAAGUGGAUGCUCCUCUCUUUGCAUGGCCAUGGAAAUCUUUGGGCAGUUACAAGUAUUUGCUAUACGGUCUCCUUUUUGCGGAAUUUCUCUAUUCAACAUAUUGGGAGGAAAGACAGGGCCAUGAAUGUGAUUGGUGCAUGCAUAUAUUAAUCAUAUGCAUGCUAAGAAGCCUUAUUCAUCAGUUAUGGAGCUCUUAUGACGGAAUGCUUUUCCUUAAUCAUGACCGUCGUCUUUCACAAAGCGGCAUUAAUUUUAAGCAAAUCGACAACGAAAGGCACUGGGACAAUUUCAUUAUCCUUCAAGCAAUUGUGGCCUCUGUUUUAUGUUUGAGCUUUCCUACUCUUACCGAGCUUCCUAUUUGGGAUACAAGAGGCAACAUCUGCUGUUAUCACAUGUCACAGCUUUCUUUCAACGUUACCACUGGCUACACCAUAGCUCUGCAGUGCCUCAUCCCUUUACAGCUGGACUUUCGUCAUACUUGGAACAUCUUAUACUCUGUAUGUUUGGGACAUAGCAAUAUUGAGGUUGUUCCUCAUCGGAUAUUCCAUCUUUUGCCCCCUCUUAAAUAUCUCAUAUAUACACCGACAUAUCAUCGUAUACAUCAUGUGGACAUGGGCAGCCACUUCUGUUUGUUUAUGCCAUUUUUUGAUGUACUAGGCAACACAAUAGACGAGCGUUACUGGAAUCUUCAUAAAGAAACAAGCUCCGGUGCAGGUGCAAGAGGAAGAAUUCCUGAUUUUGUGUUUCUUGCACAUGGUUUGGAAGUUGCGUCAUCGGUACAUGUUCCAUUCAUUUUCCGCUCAUUCAGUUCAAACCCUUUCCCUAAGAAGGUCUUCUUGCUUCUAUUGUGGCCUUUUUCCUUGGUGGUGGCUCUUACAAUUUGGGCCUUUUCCUGUGAGUUUCUACAAGCUUAA